AUGGUCGAGUACCAGCCUGAAUCUUUGUCUGCCAUAGUCCUCUCGUCAAAAAUGCAGCCGCCAGCCGCUGUUCAAUCCCGGCCAGUUGAGAUACUACAUCCCGCUUACGACGUUGGGAUGGAUAUCUCGCUGCUCUCUCUCCCCGCCUUUCCCCGCCUUUCCAGUCCUGCUGACGGCCUCACUGUCUACGGCAUUGCUCGCAGUCUCGUCAUGGAUGCCUGUCGCAUUAUCACCGACUUUGCUGCCAACAGUCAGGAAGAUUAUCUUGCGUUUGAUCCCGAAGGCACAAGACCUGUCCCGACUAACGAUUUGUUCUUGGCACCGGGCAGGUACUUCUAUCACCUCGCCCCUCAGCACGUCACCAAGUAUCCGAUUGUCAUGGACUUCUCCGCAUUCAAGUUUCCGAAGGUGAUCCCCCGUCAUUGGAUUCGACCCAAAACUGCCGAAGAGGACGAUAAUCUGCGGAUCGCUUACGAGGGCGUUCCGUCGUCGGAGAUGUCUUGGCGGGUCAAGACAGAUGAUGAAUCUUGCGUGGUCACUGGAUAUUGCAGUACCAGUGUCUGUGACAAUGCCCACCUAGUGCCCAAGGAUGAAUUGGCCUGGUUCCUAGUGAACGAAAUGGGCCGAUUCAACAGGAGUACACUGGGAGCUACCGUCAAUGAUGUUUCAAACGGUGUUACGCUGCGCUGCGAUGUGCACCGUUUGCUUGACAGUCAAUCCUUCGUCUUUUACCCAGUGGGCGAUCGCAAGUACGUCACGUACCUCGUACGCGGGACAUCGAGGGACUACGUAGAGCUGCUGCAUGGAAGAGAAGUGUCGACUGUACCCUUGCGUGUAUCUGACGAGUUCCUCUACGCCCGCUUCGCCUAUAACAUCAUCAAGCUCCGUCCCCGGGUCUUCGGCCCGUCUGUCGUACGCGUCCCAGAUGAUGUGGCUGUCAAGCAAUUAGAAGAGGAGCUACGGCGUACCAAGAAGAAAUCGUCGAAGAUGGCAGAUGACUGUGAUUUCCCGCCUACCAGAGCAUCUUCCAUCUCGGACCCAAACUCGGUGGACGACAUUGCAGCCGGUGACGAGCGGUAUCAAGCUAAGUAUACUACAUGGUGCCCGGAGCUAGCGGAACUACCUGAGGUCGAGAAUCCGCCGGACACGUCCGAGACGCCUUACCACUUAGAGACGCCCAAGAUGCUGCGUCUUAGGUCUCAGUGGAUCAAGGAUCACCCGGAGGUUUGGCAGACUGUGGAAACCGCGCCUGGGACGACUCGGCCCGACGUGCUGGGCUUGGCUGCGAAGUCAUUGACCUCGUAG